AGUCAGUGGAACUCAUGUUGCUUUAAGGCUGUAGGAGCACACGCAGGAUUUUAACCCUUUGUCACUUGUGUCUGCAGAGAGCCACAAGUGGGAAAAGAUCUGAGGAGGGCCCAGCAUCUUUCUGCCAGCUGCUGAUGUGCGUGGAAGGGAGGUCAGGUUGACAUCAUGAGUGACCGCUUCGACUGCAAAAACUGCGCAGAGUCCUUGUAUGGACGCAAGUACAUCCAGGUGGAGGACAACCCUCACUGCAUCCCCUGCUAUGACCGCCUGUACGCCAACACCUGUCAGGAGUGUAAAGAAAUCAUCAGUCACAAUGCCAAGGAGCUCUUCUACAACAACAAAUACUACCACGACCACUGCUUCCGCUGCGUGCGCUGCGAACGCUCCCUGGCCGGCGAGCCCUUCACCAGCCAGGACGACGCGCUAGUGUGCAGCGAGUGCUACGGCAACGAGUUCUCCGCCAAGUGUGUGGCCUGCGACAAGAAAGUCAUGCCUGGAUCCAAGCUGCUGGAGUACGGCGGCUCCACGUGGCACGAGCAGUGCUUCGUGUGUCACGGGUGCGAGAAGGCCAUCGGCGGCGAGGCCUUCUUCCCAGACAACAGCAACUUCUACUGCAUGCCGUGCUACGAGGGCAGGCUGGCCCCUCGCUGCAGCUGCUGCAAAAAGGCGCUGACUAAAGGAGGGGUGACCUACAGGGACGAGGUGUGGCACAAAGAGUGCUUCCUCUGCACGGGAUGCCAAACCCCUCUGGCCGGGCAACCUUUCACCUCGGAGGGGGAAAAGCCCUUCUGCGUCAAGUGCUUCAGCAGCCUCUACGCCAAGAAAUGCGCCGGCUGCAACACGGCCAUCACAGGUUUCGGAGACGGCAAGUACGUCUCCUUCGAGGAGCGGCAGUGGCACCAGCCCUGCUUCAAGUGCUCCCGCUGCUCCGUGUCGCUGAUCGGCUCCGGCUUCUUCCCAGACCGGGACCAGAUUCUGUGUACAGACUGCAACAAUGACGACUGAGCCCGCCGCAAAACUUUACCAAAAAACAUCCCUCCUCGUAGCUAAAUACGCCAUUUACCGGCUCGAAGAUCAGAAAGGAGUCGGUUCUCCGUAGAAUCCGUAUUUUCCGCACCAUAAGGCGCCCUGGGUUAUAAGCCGCGCCUUCAAUGAACGGCAUAUUUCAAAACUUUGUCCACCUAUAAGCCGCCCCGUGUUGUAAGCCGCAUCUAACUGCGCUAAAGGAAUGUCAAAAAAACAGUCAAAUAGGUCAGUCAAACUUUAAUAAUAUAUUAAAACCAGCGUGAUGUGGGCGUGCAUGGAGUCGUAUAUCAACAUGGACGGAGCUGCGUGAAGAAAGCCACCCGGCCUCUUCGCGUAAACUUAAACUUACCUUAACCACUCGCUCAUCUUUUCUUCAUCCAUCCCUUCGAGUUAGCUUUUAUGAUGACGCCGGCUGGAAAGGUCUCUUUUGGCAAGGUCUUCCUUUUGAAUAUCACCAUGGGUGGAAGUUUCUGGCCAUUAGCAUGGCAAGCUAGAACCACAGUGAAGGAUGACUUCUCAUUCCCUGUGGUGCGAAUAUUCACCGUACGUGCUCCCGUUGUAUCCACAGUGCGGUUCACAGGAAUAUCAGUUGCUGUGAAAUAGUAAUCCGUGUGCGGAUGGAGAGAUUGCGUCUUUUCAUGAACCGGAUCCCUGUCGCUUAGUAGGAGCCAUUUUGUGGUCUUUACAGAUGUAAACACACAAAGGAAAUGAAACGUACGUAAUAUCCGCGCGCUUUUUCUUCUUCUACGCGGGCGGGUGGUUGCUUACAGUAGAAGAAGAAGCGCUUCCUGUUCUAUGGGGGCGGGUGCUUACCUUGGCGGUUGCUUGCGUAGAAGAAGAAGCGCUUCCUGUUCUACCGGGAAAAAAGAUGGCGGCUGUUUACCGUAGUUGCGAGAUCGAAACUUUAUGAAAAGGAAUCGUAAUAUUAAUCCAUAUAUAAAGCGCACCGGGUUAUAAGGCGCACUGUCAGCUUUUGAGAAAAUUUGUGGUUUUUAGGUGCGCCUUAUAGUGCGGAAAAUACGGUAGUUGUUGAAAUAAACAACAAUUACUUUUGAUAUUCGGACUAAAUAUAGUAAACGCGUCCACCAAACAGGAUUAAAACAUGCAACUUCCCGUUCAAUGCAAAGUAGGCUUCAAAACAAAAGCAUGCUGGUAUUAACCACAGCAACUACUAAAAUGCACCCAUUUAUUUAUUAGUUUGUUUUUGGAUUGUUAGAUUGAGCUUAAUUGCAGCAUGAACAAUAACAAAUAUGCAUGACAAAUGAGAAAAAGGAUGUCAAUAAACUGUCGUAGGUUAAAAAUC